AUGGAGAAAAGAGCCAAAUCCGUCCUCAACGCCGCGCUUUUCCUUCUUUCCAUUUCCAUUGUUGUCGCAGUUCUCGCUGCUGGAUACAUCGUUUCGGACGUUUCAGAGUUCCGGAAUGGAAUUCAGGAUGAUAUGAAAGAGUUCCAGGUAACACGAAUUUCAAUUUCAAAACCCUUCUUUCUUUUAUGCAGUUCUAUUCUUCGGAUUCAUGGAACGUGAUGUUGAGCAAAAAAACGGUUGGAUUCCGUGUCCGUCGUCAGUAUUCGAAUGCCCCGGUCGGCGGGGGUGGACAGAUCGAGGACGGAACGUGCCAAUGCGCGGAGCAGUCCACGGGCUGUCCGCACGGUCCUCCAGGAGCUCCUGGAACACCAGGCCAUCCGGGAGACGUCGGAACUGCCGGAUCACCAGGGCAACCGGGCUCUCCUGGAAUUUCUGAAAUGCAUGCUUCUCUCAUGAACGGCUGUAUCACUUGCCCACGAGGACCUCCAGGUUCUCCGGGACCUGAUGGUCCUCCCGGCCCUCUCGGUUCGAGUGGAAAUGCUGGAAGACCAGGAUCCGCGGGACCACAAGGUCGGCCAGGCCCUCCGGGUCAACUUGGCCCGCCAGGUCCAAACGGAAACCCUGGUGCUCCCGGAAACGAUGGAACUCCUGGAGUGCCAGGAACACGUCAGUUGAGUCAACGGGGACCUUUUGGCCCUCCUGGACCAAUGGGACCGCCUGGUUCACCUGGAAAUGACGGACAAUUCAGAAACGGACCACCCGGGCCACCGGGAGCAAUGGGUAAGUGAACGAGUGAGAAUGAGUGCGCCACUGAUGAAAUUGCUUUCAGGCCCCUCUGGAACCCCCGGAGCUCCUGGCGGUGUAGGAUCGAACGGAAAUCCAGGAAGUGACGGAAUGCCGGGACCGGACGGGGAGUACUGUACUUGUCCGAGGAGAACACCGAACUUGGGAGUUGCUGGGUAUCAGCAUCACAUGGACACGGACACAGGAAUCGGAUUCUCGAAGAGCAAGAUUAAGAAAUUGAAGAAGAUGAUGCGGAAGUUCCAAAAACGAUUCUACUCGACGAACGCAUAG